UCCUAAUUAUUGAUGAAGCGGUAUUUAUUGCCAAAACAUUCACAUCUGUCAGUAAUAAGACUGUCAAAACGACAUUUCCAUCUGAAGUGUAAACUUGAAGAGUAUACCCAUGAAUCCUUCUCAAAAGCUUCUACCGCUGUUCACAAUCUUCAAGAGACAGCUGGCCAGCAAAGGUACGCCGGGAACGACGAAACGACAGAAUCGCAUCAAAAAUUUACAGAAGAGGUACCAAAUCGAUGAUGGAGAACCAGUUUGGCGGAAAUCCGUGGGAGACAAGUUGCUCUACCAGCUGUCUUGGGGUUUGGUACUUUUCGGAGUCGGAUGUUCAUUGUACACAUGUUUGUAUACGAUAUCGUACGAGCAGCAUUUCAAAGGUACCGAUUGAUCAUAGUCAGCCCUUCUGAAUAUCAGUAAAUUGAAUAUUAUGUAUAUGCAACGGUUUCAAUGCAGAUUAUGAGUACAAUAAAACUGUGAAAUUGACGUUUCUUCGCACCUUACUGGUUUUUUUCUGUGCAAAAAAUCUACAUCGCUGGGACACUAUUGUCCAUAAUAAUGUGUCCAUCAUCAAUAUGAAGUCCGUGGUUAUUUCCACAUACUGACGAAGUUUUCAGUAUACCAUCAAACGCAGCAGCGAAUUUCAAUCAACUAAUUAAUCAGCGAGGACAACCUAAACAAACACAGAUUGGAUAGCGCAACAGUAUAUAUUAUAAAUUCGAUG